GGGAUGCCCACAUUGACUGAGGCUACACAGUAAUGGAGAUGAUCACCUAACCAUGGGCUGUUGGGUUUAGUUAUGGGGCAAACACAGCACUCAGAGUGCAGUGAGGGGAUUGAUGUCAAAGCUCUUCAGGAUAUGUAUAAAAAAUUUGUCACAGAGUGUCCAAGCGGAGUUCUGUUUCUGCAUGAAUUUAAGCGAUUCUUUGGGGUGGACGCAACUGGAGAAGCAUCGGAUUAUGCAGAGAACAUGUUUCGAGCUUUUGACAAAAAUGGGGACAACACAAUUGAUUUCCUUGAGUUUGUGGCGGCACUUAAUCUUGUUUUCCGAGGGGACUUGGAGCAUAAGCUGCGAUGGUCAUUCAAGGUGUACGACAAAGAUGGUAAUGGCUACGUGGAUAGAAGCGAGCUUCGGUCAAUAAUUGAUAGUAUCCACAGAAUUAAGAAAGGAUCAAAAACAGAGAUGACUAAUUCAAAUCCCACAGUGGAUGAAGUUGUGGAUCGGAUAUUAGAUGCCGUUGAUGUGGAUAGAGAUGGUGCAGUCAGCAUAGAAGAGUUCAUCAAAGGAGCCCAGGAGGACCCGUGGGUCCUCAGCAUGUUAAGGUUGGACAUGAACCCCACUGGAUGGUUUCUGGAGCAGAGGAGGAAGAGUGCACACUUUUGAGUGUCCAAUCACAUUGGCCUUUCCUGUGAUGACAAAAAAAAAAAAAAAAAAAAAAACGAUUGCUUGAACCCAAAUGUCUUUUCAUAUUUCUGUAACACCUCUUAUCCUCCAUACUUUCCAAGAUUGCGCAAGUGUGAGAUUUGUUUCUGUGUAGCCUUUGUUGGACUUUUGCUGCUGUAAAAAAAUGUGUUUCCGCAUUAAUUAUAAUCAUUAAUCAAGACUUUAAUCACUGUUUAUUACACAAUAUUCUGCUUUACCAGUUACAAGCUAAUGGUUCUGUGUGUAAAUGCCAUCAUAGAUCAGAAUUUCUACUAUAACUCAAUGGUGCAUGUAUCCAUCACUCGCUAAUGCAACUUAACAGCCUUCUUGUUAUAAAGUGUCAAUCUGUAAUGAACAAUGAUGUUUUUAUGGUUGUUGUGGUUUUAUACUAACAUUUUUUUUCCUUUUCUUUAUUAAGACCCAGCGGUUUAACAAGGAUUCUUUGGCCAUUAUUAUGCUGACUCAGUUAAAAUCUACUUAAUGACUA